AUGUCGCGCCUCAUUGACCGAAUUCCCCAGCCGGAGAGGAUCCUGGACAAAAGAAUCAUCAUCUUGAGCAAGAGCCGUACUGGUACCUUCUCCAUGUACCAGUGCUUCCAGAUGCUCGGAUACAAGCCCUACCACAUGUAUGAGUGCGUCAUGAACGGGAUCACUCACAUGAGCCUGCUGAAUGAGGCUCUACGCAACAAAUACCUGGGCGAAGGCAAACCUUACGACAAAGCUGAUUUCGACAAAUGGCUGGCCAACUAUGACACGGUUGUCGAGAUUCCUUCAUACUUUGUUGAAGAAUUCAUCGAGUAUUAUCCUAGCGCAAAGUUCAUUCUUACCGAGCGCGACUUGACUGCGUGGGACAAGUCCCUGAGCCACCUCGUCAACACUGUCGUCGCGGCCACCCACAGUUUCCCUUUGAAUGCGGUCGCAAUAGUCGACAAGCAUAUUUCCAUGUUUACAGAACUGAACGAUACGUUCUGGCAAGUCAUUUUCCACGGCCGAGGACUCAAGGCGGGCAUGCCUCUAGCCAAGGCCGACAACGUGAACGAUAGCGAGUUGAUCCGUCGACUUGUGCCCAAAGACCAGCUGCUCGACGUCAAGUUGGAAGACGGCUUUGGUUGGGAGCAAAUCUGCCCGUUCCUUGGCAUUCCCAUUCCAGAGGAGAAAUAUCCUCGUGGUAAUGCCCCGGCUGAGUUUGACAAGAUGCUUGGUAGCUUCAUUGGAAGUCGCCUGACCGUGACCGCAUACAAGGUCCUCGGUUCGCUAGUGAUCCCAGCAGUCGCAAUUGGCGCUUGGUACUACACCAAGCGAAGAUAG